UCUUCCUCCUAUGUUUCGCUCACUCAACUCAAGAGGAUUUUCUCCCUCCCUACUUCCCUUUUCCCACCUCCAACUCCCACCAAAGUCUAUCCUGUAAAUGGGAAAAAAAAGGUUCACUUGAUAAAGAUUCUUGAAACAGUUCAUUUGAUAAUAACGGUAACUUUUACAUCUCAGGUAAAUCUAUGAAAUCUUCUAAGUUUCUAUUGAUUCAAUCAUCUGUUUAACAUCAUUGACAUCGACUUAAUCUUCAUCAUCAUCAUCAUCAUCAUCUCCAUCCCUGAUUAUUAUCAUCACCUUAUUUUUUUGAAAAACUUUUCAUCAUUUUCCUGUUGAUUGAUUUUCCUCUCAUUGUCAAUUUGUAUUAUGUUUCAUCAAUGGAAUCACUUUUGAUUUUCAACUCUAAAUUUCCCUUAAUUAAUCAAUUGUGUAGUUAACUUUUAAUUAUCAAUGAUUUAAACGUAAAUGUCACUGUUAUGUGCUAAUUAUCAUCCAUUUAACAUUUUCUUACCAAUCUUAUUGUUAUUACCUCUUAUCGUUAAUUGUCUUGAAUUAAGUCGGAUGGAUGUUCCCGGCCCUUGUCUUAAUGGUUCCUCCUUAUGGUUACAGUGUAACUACCAUUUGAAUACACUGGAGACACUGUAUUCCGUUAAAUGGUAUAAAAAUAAUCUUGAAUUUUACCGUUACUCAAUUAUUGAUGAAAACAAUAAUUUGGAUGAUAAUUUCAAUGCCCAUGAGGAUUUAUCACCAUCAAUAUCCAAUAUAAACCACAAUAAUAAUAAUAAUAAUAAUCCAAAAGAGGCAAAUCCAAUGAAGAAAUAUUUUCCCCAACAAGGAAUCCAUGUUGAUAUUAAUCAAUCCAAUGGAAGCCAUGUUUACCUUUCUUCAAUUGAUUUAGAUGGUGAAGGAACUUAUGGUUGUGAGGUUUCAACGGAAGAUUCAAAUGGUUCAUUUAAAAGUGUUAAAGCUGAAAAAGAUCUUAGAAUUUACGUGUUACCUCAGUCUAAACUGAAAAUUAUCGGAACCAAAGAUACUUACCAAAUUGGUGAACUCGUUAACAUUAGUUGUCUUUCUGGUCCAUCUAAGCCUCCGACUAUAUUAGCUUUGUUCAUUAACGGACAUCGGAUUCUACAAUCAGAGAGAAAUCUUAAUUACAAUUGGACUGUUCAUUAUCUAAAUCCUGAUGGUUUAGCGAUAUCCUGGAUUAACGUUAGCUUUCAAUUAACUAGUGAAAAAGGAUUAACAAAUGGUCAAAUUGAUUUACGUUGCUCAGCAUUACAAUCUCAAAUUUCUGGUUAUUCCUAUGAGGAAUUAAUUGUUGAUGAAACUGGCUACUCAAGUAAAAUCAGUGAAUCUUAUCCUUCCCCUGAUCAAUUAUCAUCAUCACCAGGAACAACUUUGAAUCCAGUUGAAUCAUGGUUACCCUUAAUUCACGGAUUACAUGGUAAACCAAGAGUCGGUGAUUAUUUAACUGUUAAUUGUACUGGACCUAAAUCCCAGCCUUCAGUAUUUAUUCAAUGGUUUAUCAAUGGUAAAGAGCCUUUUGUUUACAAUAUUCAACCUGCAAUAAUACAAUCGGAUGUUGAUCAACCUGGUUAUCAAUUUACAUCCACAAUUUAUGAUUAUUUUGCUUCUUUCACCGAAAUGAAUCCGCCAUCAGCAAGUUUAUCAUUUAAAAUCACCAAAAAGCUUUUCCAGACUGUCGAUGGUUCAAUGAGAUUACGUUGUCUAUCAUUUCAUUCAAUUCACGUUCAUUCAAAUGAUAUUUUAUUGUCAUUAUUUACUGAUUCUGGUAAAAGCUCACGAUUACUAUUUAAUGGAUCACAAUCAAUUAAAUCUAAUCCUAAUCUAUUAUGGAUUAUCAUCACUUUUUAUACAAUCAACUUUCUUUGCCAUCUAAAAACUUUGUAUUAUAUCAACUUUUGCUACUCGAAAAUUAGUAAACCUUUGUUAAAUUAACAUCUAUCGUUCACUAGUUUAUUGUUGAUUCCAACAAUUGAUGUAAUAUUAAUCACGAAACAUUAUCAAUUGUAUAAAUCCAAUUUAAUUUAAUUUCUAUGAUUAAACUAUGCAAAUAUGUAUUUCUAUUAUAAUACUCAUGAC